AAUUCUGGCAAAGAGGUGCAUAUAACAUGUUCAUAGAAUGAUUAUCCUGGAAAUUUCUUGCAUUUCUGUGAAUCUUGAAACAUUACAGAGCCAUUAAUAUCAUCAUCUUCAUUGAUAUUUAUAUCAUUCUUGAAAUGAAUAUCUUCAGACGCUUAAAUCCCACAAAGUUUGGGUUCAAAACAUCCAAGAAAUCUUGCAAUGCACCGAGCGUUUGCUCUAUCCAUUCGUCCCCAGAUUGUGUAGUGGAAGUUCAUUCCCCAGAGCAAGAAGUAGUAAUUGCUUUGGGAAGUAAUGUGGGAAACAGACUUGAGAAUUUUGAUGAAGCGUUACACCUAAUGAAGAAAUCAGGUAUACAAAUUACCAGGCAUGCUUGCUUAUAUGAGACAGCACCUGCUUAUGUAACUGAUCAACCUCAGUUUCUGAAUUCUGCUGUUAGAGGUGUCACGAAACUAGGGCCCCACGAGUUGUUAAGCGUGCUUAAGAAGAUCGAGAAGGACAUGGGUCGUACAACCGGGAUUAGAUAUGGUCCUAGACCUAUUGACUUGGAUAUUUUGUUUUACGGGAAGUUCAAGAUUCAUUCUGAGAUUCUUGAUGUUCCACAUGAAAGAAUUUGGGAGAGACCGUUUGUCGUGGCGCCUUUGAUUGAUCUACUCGGUUCAGAUAUAGAUAACGACACAGUUGCACGUUGGCAUUCGUUUUCGAAACAUUCAAGUGAUCUUUUCGAGUUGUGGGAGAAACUCGGAGGUGAAUCUCUCGUCGGGAGAAACGGGAUGAAAAGGGUUCUGCCAGUUGGAAACCACUUACAUGACUCGUCUUUGAAAACCUCCCUUAUGGGUAUUCUUAAUUUGACCCCCGAUAGUUUCAGUGAUGGAGGGAAGUAUAUAUCCGUAGAAGCAGCAAUUUCUCAGGUUCGUUUAAUGCUCUCAGAGGGUGCAGAUAUGAUUGAUUUUGGUGCACAAUCUACACGUCCAAAUGCUACAAAAAUAUCCGUUGAAGAAGAAUUAGAUAGGCUAAUUCCCGUCAUAGAAGCUGUCACAAAAAUACCCGAGGUUGAAGGGAAGCUUUUAUCCGUGGAUACCUUCUAUUCGGAAGUUGCCUCAGAAGCAGUGAAAAACGGGGUUCAUCUUGUAAACGAUGUAUCUGGUGGACGUUUGGAUUCCAGCAUGUAUAGUGUUGUUGCAGCACUUCGAGUACCUUAUAUAGCAAUGCACAUGAGAGGUGAUCCAUCUUCAAUGCAAAAUCCCGAGAACUUACAAUACAACGAUGUUUGUAAGGAUGUGGGGUCCGAACUUUACGAGAGGCUCAAGGAAGCAGAGUUAGCCGGUAUUCCUGCUUGGAGGCUAAUAAUUGACCCGGGGAUGGGAUUCUCCAAAAAGACUGAACAUAAUUUGGAUAUUCUAACGGGUUUGACAACCAUUCGAAGUGAGAUUGCAAGGAGGAGCUUGGCUUUGUCUCGUGCUCCUUUAUUGAUUGGACCAUCCAGAAAGAGAUUCCUUGGCGAUGUUUGUGCUCGCCCUGUUGCAGGUGAACGAGAUCCAGCAACUGUUGCUGCUGUGACCACAGGGAUUUUAAAUGGUGCCAAUAUUGUAAGAGUACAUAAUGUCAAAUAUAAUGCAGACGCCCUUCGUUUGUGUGAUGCAUUAUUGGAAAGGAAACAGAGAUAAAAGUAAAAGUCAACACGAGCUACGUUUUGUUUUUGGAUCAUUCAUUUCUCGUUGUAAAACAUCUAUGGCUCUGAGAUUUGUAUCUUGCAAAAGAACUCAAAGCUGAAGUGAUAUAAAACCAGAAAGAGCAAAGUUUUGUGAGUGAAACAUUUUACUUGAAAAGUUAACAAGUUCCUUGAUUCACUGCUUCCUUUCCUUUCAUAAGUUUGUAAAACGUAGAUGAGAUUUGUUUUUACUUUUUAUGCAUUAUUGGUUCUCCUUUUACCAUUUUCAAUCAAGGAAGAAAUCUUCAUCUCUCUAAA